UGUUGAUUCGGAAGCGCUGUUGUAGCAGUUUCCUCAAAACUAGCUACACAGCUAAACACCUCCGUUAGUACAGUGUAAACUUUGUCUCGUGGAGCAGUGGUGUACACGUUCACACUUCGGGAUAAGCCUUUCAUACGGUUAUGACUUGACUGUGGUGUCGGCGGUGACCGACCUCAAAACCUUUUUGUUUUUUUAAAAAGCUCCGCAUCACUUAAAUCAAGAAUCCGGACUGAGCAGGAUGCUAGCAUGUGUCGUUAGCAAACUGCUGCAGGAAAUUAGCUGGUUAGCUUCCACAUCCAGUCAAGUAUUAUGAGGCUGAACCUUCCCUCUUAUUGCUCUCACUGAGGUUAAAUACUGACAGCGCAAUGAACACCGAGGCGAUAGUGAUCCGUAUAAAAACGCCGUCAGGAGACAUGGACUCGUCCGUGGACUGUCCGUCUCUUCUGAACUUCAAUGACUUACUCGUCGCAAUCAGAGAUGUCAUGCCUGAAGCCACUGUCACGGCCUUUGAAUAUGAAGAUGAGGUGGGAGACAGAAUCACAGUAAGAAGUGAUGAAGAACUCAAAGCCAUGUUGUCAUAUUACUGCAACACAAUGAAUGAACAACGCAUGAAUGGACUGCUGCCGGACCCUUUGCAGAUUUUUCCAAGAGCCGGCAAGACUCCAGGGAUCCGGAACAUACAUGGCCUGAAGGUUAAUACAAGGCCUAACCCAGCAAAUGACUGCAGUCACGCUGUCCCAGACUCUAUAGCUAACAACAGCUUAAAAAAGUCAUCUGCUGAGCUGAAGAGGAUCUUGACAAAUGGCCAGAUAAAUGCCCAAGAUAUCCACUAUCAGGAGCAACUUGGCCAUGGAAACGGAGGCACAGUUUACAAAGCAUACCACGUUCAUGGCAAACGGGUUUUAGCUGUCAAGGUCAUUCCCCUGGAUAUCACGGUGGAGUUACAGAAGCAAAUCAUGUCAGAAUUAGAAAUUCUCUACAAGUGUGAUUCUCCCUACAUCAUCACUUUCUUCAGUGCCUUUUUUGUAGAGAACAGGAUAUCAAUAUGCACAGAAUUUAUGGACGGUGGCUCACUGGACGUCUACAAAAGAAUUCCAGAGCACGUGCUUGGGAGGAUUGCUGUGGCGGUAGUCAAAGGCCUGACGUAUCUGUGGAGCCUGAAGAUACUUCACAGAGAUGUCAAGCCUUCCAAUAUGCUGGUGAACACCCGAGGACGAGUCAAGCUCUGUGACUUUGGUGUCAGCACACAGCUGGUGAAUUCCAUUGCCAAAACAUACGUGGGAACUAAUGCAUACAUGGCGCCGGAAAGGAUAUCAGGAGAACAGUAUGGGAUCCAUGCAGAUGUCUGGAGUGCGGGCAUCUCUUUCAUGGAGCUGGCGCUUGGCAUGUUCCCGUAUCCACAGAUUCAGAAAAACCAAGGAUCUUUAAUGCCUCUCCAGUUACUGCAAUGCAUUGUUGAUGAGGAUCCUCCAGUUCUUCCUGUCAGCCAGUUUAGCGAAAAGUUUGUUCACUUCAUCACUCAAUGCAUGAGGCGGAACCCCAAGGAGAGACCUGCACCCAAUAACCUCAUGGAUCAUCCCUUCAUCAUACAGUAUAACGAUGGAAAUGCGGAGGUGGUGUCGAUGUGGGUGUGCCGCUGUCUGGAGGAGAGGCGAGCUCAGCUGGCUCAGGGACGCAUGUGACUUCUUCCUGUUGGCAAACUGUGGUGGACCCGAACGUUUGAUCCCAAACACACAUCAAAGGAUUCAGGGUCAAAUACGCCCACGCGCACUGUACAAGUACCUUAUUAUGAAUGGACCGAAAUCACUAGAUGUUACUUUAUGUGAACGAUUCUUGAUGGAACAGACACCCAGGAGCGCGCUCCGUUGAACUGAAUAUUAAUCUCUGCAUCGACGGGUCUGCACAUGGAGAUCCUUUCCAUUUCAAGAGAAUCCCAAAAAGCAGUGACCAUUAAAGUCGGCUGAACGGAGAUCGAUGGUCCUGAUUUUAAAGGAUCAGAGACGAAAAGAAACUUCAAAGCACAAGACUCGGGCGCGCUGGUGGAGUUACGCUCUGCGACGAUGAUGGCAUCCCAAAUAGCCGUCUUGUGCUUUACUGUUGACAGCCCUCCCAUGAAUGUUAAGGUUUUUUGCCUGUGAGUAACUACCCAUCUGUGUGCCUAUUUUUCCAGUGCUAUAAUUUCUUACCUCAGCAAACUUGAUUUGUCACUGCAAUAUCAAGACACCCCACCCCUACCCCUGAAAAUGUACUUACUUUUAGCUCCUGGAGUUGAACAUCUGCAUAGAGUUUUUCCUGAACCGGUGAGGCUGAGUGUCACCUGCUAUAUUCUAGAAGCCAUUAAGACUGAAGGAAAAUACAGCUAAAAGCAUAAUCUCCCCUUACAAAGCACCACUGUUUAAAAUGCUCUUUUAUUCACGUUGUGACCACUAAGUUGCUUUAGAAUAAAAUGUCAUUUAUUAUUCCGAAUUAGACAUUUCACUGGGUUGCCUAAGAGAUCGCUUUAUUUUGCUGUAAAGGGAAAAUGUUAAUGCAGUGUACUUGACACCAAAGACGAUAUAGACGGUGAAUUAUAUUGAUUUUUCAUGAAUGAGGCAAAUGUAAGAGGCCGAGUGACUAAAAUGAAUUGUUUCAGAAAGGUUUUUAUGAAAUGUGUAAUGCUUAAGUGCAAUUAACUGGCAUUGCUUCCACGUAUUCACAGCCAACGUAGCUUACAAUGGCGCGACCCGCACGGCGUGUGAAUCUAUGGAAACAAAUGCAACGGGAAAAAACAAACAAAACAUGAGCCAGCGGUUUAUUAUAAUUCAGUUCAACGCGGUUUCAUCCUUUAAGUUGUAAAUCAACAACCUUUAUGAAUGAUCAGAAACUGAAAGUGCAUGUUUAUUGAAGCGUCACAGAUGGGUAAUCGUGUUAUUCUUAAUGUGGGAAAUGCUGAAGGCUGCUGUGUUAUUGAGUUUUGAUCAUUUUGCACUUCAUGUCAAAAAUGGACAAACAAUUAGCAGGUUUGUUAGCAGUGACCGUAAAGCUCCGAACAGGCUGCUUACCUGUGCGUGGCAUUCACGGAUCCUCCUUUUUAUUUCAGCACCCACGUUAGAGCAGCUGCACAGCCUGCAUGAGACCCACGUCUGAUUGAACCUCCUCAUGUAACAAAAUUAGGCAAAUACUGCUCUUUUCUCAUGGUAAAAAGUGGCAGCACAAACGCUGUGGACGUGCACUUACAGUUUAAGGUUUGAGUCCAUCAUGUAGAGGUAAGAGUAGGUGAGGUCAAUCACAAGUCCAAAUAGAACAGGUUUUUAAACCCAUGUGACUGAUUAAAAUUUGUGUAGAAAUCCAUAUUGGAGCAUUUAAACUGCAAUUUAAUUAAUGUUCAUAUUUGAGUAUUUCUCACACACAAAAACAAUGAAAAAACCAAAAAUGUCUUGAAAUACAGUGUAAGCUAUGUACUGCAUGCUUUCGGUACAGUCGCUGUACCGCAGCCGAUGUUCCAGCUGUGAACAUCAGACAAACACUGGACGUUUAUCGAGUGGAAGUUGUGAUUGCGCCCUCUUCUGAUUUCCGUGAAUUUGAUGUGGUCACACCUUAAAUUAUGUUUAAUAUCAGUUUAACUGAUCUGGUAUGAAAAACAUGACAUCACAGUGUGGUUUUUAUUAUUAUCAUUAUUAUUAUUAUUAUUGUGUUACAGCAGGUAAAUCUUUUUUUAAGAUAUUUUUCUGCCUUUAUUAGAUGGAAACAGUUGAGACAGAACAGUUGAGGAAUGACAUGAAACAGCUGCGGUCAGAACUUCACGAGUCCUCCCACCAUAAAUCAUUUAUUGCCACUAUUUGCCUCAAAAGCCUGCAAAAGGAAGUCCAACCUUUUACAAGUUGAUUUUUUUGUCUAGUUUAGUUUUUUAGAAGAAAUGUCUGUGCAAGAUGCCAUUUAUUUUCCUAAAGUCCUCACCACUCUUGUAACUGGUGAAAAGUAUAAUAUGAAGAUGUUCCAGUUGCUGAAAUGUCAUCAAUGGGGAUUUUUCAACAGUUUCACAAGGAGUAGUAUAUGUUUUCUGCAUUAUACUCUGUUUUUAAUCAGCACUUAAUACUGUACAUUGGUGGGACAUCCACAUGAUACUAGGCUGCCCUGCUCAUGAACAGUGUGGUGGCUUUUCUUGCAAAGCAAAUGAAACCAUGAAGAUGGCAACAUUUCACAUUUCUGAAAAGAUGUGCACUGUGAUGAUUCAGAAAUGGUCUCACAGACUUUUAAGUAAGAAUCUGUCAUAAA